GGCUAUCCCCCUCUGAGUUCUUGCCUUGAUUCUCCUGUUAUUGUCCGUCAAACCCACAUCCCUACAAAGCAGGAAAGUAUGCUUGGGAGAGGCUAAGUGAGUGGGGAACCAGCCCAAAGCCAGGCAUCCAGAGUCUCUCUCACCUGAAGCUGACUUCUUCCCCCACCUUGGACAGAGGGCGGAAGAUGCCAUCCCCACUGAACCCAGUGCUUUCACCAGCCAUAUUAGCUCCCACUCACCCCCCGUCGUGGAAGCCUUGGCCGUCACACCUGCAGGGCCCAGGGUGUGCAUGGCCUCAGGGAUGGCCUGUUCAGCUGCUGGGUUACUCGGGUCCAGGUGCCUCACCACCUGCUGAGCUCUAUGUGCUUUCUGGACACUUCUGCUCAUUGCCUUUGGGCUCAGUGAAGAGUCUGGAGUUUAUCUGGAGUGAGGUGGCCGGGUCUUGGUGGGAUCUAAGCAGAGUCCAUUCAGGAGCAGGAAAGUUCAUCUCAGACCCUAAAUCCAGCCACGUCAUGUCACGCUUAACACCUCUAACAACCUCCCCUGGCACUUGGGACAGUGUCUGGCUCCUUCCCUUGGCUCGUGGCCCUCAGGGUCUGCGUCACACACACCCCAGCUCUCCCGAUGGGUCUCUGCACUCACUGUUGCCUCCGCCUGGAAGUUGCUUUCCUGAUGUCAUCGUCUCCAUGGUGCGUCCUUCCUGACCUUCCACCUCCACCAGUCUGUCCCCCUUGGGGACAGGACUGGUUGCUCAUGUUCAUCCGGCAGGCUGGACGCUUCGUGGAGGGCUCCAAAGCUGGCAGAUCCCGGGGCCUCCUCUGUCUCUCCCAGGCCCUGUGUGUUGCGGUGAGAGGAGCAUUUGUGUCUCUGUGGUUUGCUGCUGGAGCUGAUGACCGGGAGAGAAACAAGGGAGACAAGGGUGUCCAGACAGGUGUGGGGCUCAGCCAGGAGGCAGAAGACGUGGACAUGUCCUGGGCCAGGAGGGUCACAGAUGCGCCACUAGGCACUCUGUGUGGCACUGGGAACAGGAAUUCUGGGAGUCAGUCUUCAAGGGCGGUGGGCAUUGCUCACCUGGGAGAAGCCUUUAGAGUGGGCGUUGAGCAGGCCAUUAGCUCGUGCCUUGAGGAGGUGCAUGGGCGGCAUGUGCUCUCCACGGAAAUUAUGUGGGUGCGCAUGGAUGUGGCUCUGCGCUCACCUGGGUGAGGACUUCUGGCCGGUGCCGGGGCACUCGGCAUGACCCUGGCAGAAUCGAGCUGCCCUGACUGUGAAAGGGGAAGAAGAGCAUGCCUGACCCCCCACCGGCACCCCACCCCUCACUGCUCCACCUGGGGCCUGCCUCUGGCGGUGGCUGGGUCCUGGCUGACUGUUGAGACUGUUGAGGCCCUGAGGGGGUGGGGCAUGGGAGUUAGGAGGACUGGCCAGGUGGGGCCCACUAUACACCCACCCCCAGUGUCAGGAGCUUCCACUCUCCUCCUCCACUUCCUCCUCAUCAUCAUCAUCCUCACUUGUUGAGGACGUCCCGUGUGCCAAGUGGUUUACAUGCCCAGCCUCAUUUAAUCCUCAGAAUGACUCCAUGAGGUAGCUACUAAAACCUCCCACUUAACAGAUGAGGAAACUGAGGCCCAGAGAAGCUCAACAAGUUGCCUAACUUCCAAAUUUCCUCUCCCAAGUCUCCUACCCUCUCCUCUUCCUUCUCCUCUCUCCCAUUCUUCCCUACCUCUUCCCUAACUAGACAAUUUUUUACUGAGCGUCUCCCAGGUGCAGGCAUGAGCCAGGUGCUGGGAAGAUCACAAUGACCCAGCUUCUUCUGGUCCUUUCCUUAGCUGGUUAGAGGCUGGGAGGACACGCAAGUUCAGCUCCAGCCGACUGGGGCAUUGGUGGUAGCCCCUGGAGACAUUGUGCAAUGGGGCUACGAGGCUGAAUCUGGCUCCAGGAAAGCGUGUUGCAAUCCAUGAGUGAUGUCUGCCAGGCGCACAGGCAUGGAGAGUAGGCACCUGUGCUGUCUUCUUGUAGACCCUAGACUGGUGGGGCCUCUGAAACAUACCCAGACACUGUGCUGGGUGUGUCGCAUGGCCCUCCCAACCAAUUCAGUAUUUUUCUCCCCAUUUUCGAGGGAGAAAUCUAAGGUGUCAGAAUGUAAGAUUCUCAUCGGAGCCCAGGCUCCAGGGUCCCUGGUUUUCUGUGACAUCAUGCUGCAGGACCCUGUUUCUCUCUUUGCUUUGGCUGCUGGGGAGCUCAGAAGGGAGCUUUAGGCUUGCUCUCAGCCACCACAUUAGCUCAGGGGUUUGGGCAUUUUUGUCACUGGCUCCUUUGGGCUCUGUCUCCUCCCUGCUGUGCUUCCCGAGGAGCAGGCCGGAUGUAAGUUAUCGACUAUAAAUAAAACCAAGACUUCCGUUCUGGCUCUCA